AUGUCCAAACCUGCUAUCGGAUUCGUCGGCCUGGGGGCCAUGGGCUUCGGCAUGGCGAUGCACCUGGUACGCGAGGGCUAUCCUGUGCAUGGUUACGACGUCUUUCCCGCCUCAAUCGAGCGCUUCAGGGCUGCAGGAGGAAUUGCAGCUGAGUCUCUCCGCGCCUCUGCAGAGGACAAGUCCUUCUACGUUUGUAUGGUCGCUUCCGCCCCUCAGGUCCAGAGCGUCUUGUUUGGAGAAGAGGGCAUCGUUCAGCACCUCCCCCCAAACGCAACGCUCAUCCUCAUGUCCACCAUUUCCGCCUCAGCAGCGCAGUCCCUCGCCCACGCCCUCUGCGCGCCCCCUUACAAUCGCCCGGAUAUUCUAGUAGUUGACGCUCCCGUCUCUGGAGGCGCCCUCCGCGCCGCAGCCGGCACCCUCUCCAUCAUGGCUGGCGGCUCUCCUGCCGCCUUGGAGGCAGCCACCCCGCUUCUCUCUACCCUCUCUGCCCCUGGCAAACUCUAUUUAGUUCCUGGCGGCAUUGGCGCAGGCAGCAACAUGAAGAUGGUGCAUCAGGUGCUCGCAGCGAUCCAUAUCCUGGGGGCUAGCGAAGCGCAGGGUCUGGCGGCGCGGUUGGGGUUGGAUGCCGCGCAGACGGCGGAGAGAAUUAAGAGUGGGGAGACGUGGACGUGGAUGCAUGAGAACCGCUCGCCGAGAAUCUUGGGGGACGAGAAGGAGUGGAUUCCCGGAGCUAGUGCGGUGACAAUCAUUCUAAAGGAUGCGGGCAUCAUCACGACCUCGGCGCGCGAACAUUAUUUCCCUACUCCAUUGUGCGCUACAGCUGAACAGAUCUAUCUCUCGGCGCUGCUUCAGGGCGAUGGGAAUAAGGAUGAUGCGGCGCUGGUGAGACAGUAUGUGUCUGGUCCGGUGAUGAAGGUCGAUGCUUCUGGACUGGGGGAGGAGGAUAAGGAGGAGAGGACGAGGCUGGUACUCGAUCUGAUGGCGGCAGUCAAUCUGGUGGCGGCUGCAGAGGCGGUGGCUUUUGCGCGGUUUCUGGGUGUCGAUCUACGCCAGUUCUAUGAAUUGGUGAGCGAUGCUGCCGGUGGGAGUAGGCUAUUUAUCACUCAUGGUUUGGAGAUGAUUGAGGGGAGGGUUGGGGAGAAGGCGCCUGCGGGAGCAGAGACGGUCGAUUCACUCGUGCAGCGGUUGGCGAGGGUGGUCCAGCGGGCCAGAGACUUGCAUUGUCCAUUGCAUCUGGGAAAUGCGGCGUUGGGAGUGUUGUUGAUGGCGAAGAGGGCUGGUCUGGGGGGGAGCAGUAGUACCAGCGUGGUGGGGAUGUAU